UGCUACAUUUGAACGUUAAAACACUUCCAGAACUUUACACAACAUCGGGCGUUGUGUAACUAUGGCGACGUCCCUGUUACUAUAGUAACGGCCCUAAACAUUUAAGCCAGUUUUACUCGCCCUGUUGACAGUUUGCCUCUAAAAUGCCAAAACCGGUUUCUCGUCGCGUUAGAUUCGGAAGCUCACAGGACAGGAGAAUUUACCCCCGCUACUUUCCACUCGACCGAUUAGGAAACCAACUGAAAAGAGAAGAAGCUCGGAAACCGCCUCAUCUCGGACCGGGCUGCUAUUCCAACGAUGAGUUUGGCUCCAUUGUUUACAAUCUGGAAACCAGACCUGUGAGUUACAAGGGAUAUACUCUCUCUGCCCGGACUGACAUUCGUUUUCCACCUUUUAAGUUGACUCCAUCACCUCAGCAGUACCAGAGAGAUCAGAGCAAAUCCAGAGUUCCUUUCCACGGCAGAGCUCCGUUCGGUUCUUAUGAAUAUAAAUUCAAAAUGCCGAAAAACACCUCCUACAACAGCCCAGGCCCUGGGAUUUACGAACACAUCACAAAAAAGGACAGGAAGGUGAUCUGGCCCAUGUGCUUUGGGAAACCAGACUGGUCCAAACUGCCGCAUCAGAACAAGAAGGCUGUCAAAGUGACGGUGAGUAACACCAAAAAUCUAAAUAUAUGCCUAUACCUCUUGAACUUUUUCACAUUAACACCACAAACUUCACUGCUUCUUGUUUGGGCUUUUAUGUAAUAGAUCAACACAAAGUAUCAAAUAUUUUAGAUCAGGAAGGAAAUGAAACAUAUUUGAUUUCCUGAAAAGUGUGAAUGGGAUGUUUCAGCCUCGUUUAUGCUGAUACCUGUAAAUAAAAUUCAAUGCAACCAAAUCAAAUUCUCCUUAAAAAAAUCUCCUUUAAAGCACCUUCCCCUAAUUAUUAAUAACUUAAUCCAAAAAUUAAUCAAGACUGUACUGAUUAUUUUUUAUUUUACAAGUAUUUUUUAGCUGCAGAU